AUGGACCUCGCCAUGGGUGUUGCCGUUGGCUCUUCGAUCCAGAUUGCCCUCCUGGUUGCUCCUUCUCUUGUCAUUGUUGGCUGGAUCAUUAAUGCUGAGAUGACUCUUCACUUGGAGAGAGACAUUCCAAACUGUCGCCUUCGCAGCAUCUGUCCUCGUCAUCACAUACACCAUUCAGGAUGGCAAGUCCAACUAUCUGGAGGGUGCUAUGCUUAUGGGUCUUUACAUUAUCAUCGCCUUGGCCUUCUAUGCCACUCCAUCUGA